CAAUCGCCAAAAACAACUGUCACCAACGUUUUCUGCUCCCCGAUUUCGUUGAUCCAGAAGGAAAAAGAAAUAAUAAUGGAACAAGCGUUCUAGAUCUGAAUAGACAUUCACAUUCUCUUCGCAGGAGAUUCAACGCGACAACGCCCACGAUUAAUCUCGAUUCUCGUAUUGAGGAGAAUGUGGAUAGAGUUAUAGAUCUUAAAGCUGUGAAUGCAGCUUCAAAUUUAUAAGAACUGACUUAAUCAGGUUUUGCGCUUGUACAUUUUCCCUUUUUUGGAUCAACAAUGGUGUUUUGGGAAGAUUACAUGAGCGAUGAAGCAAUGGGCACGUUCGCUCCAAUUGUAGUUUAUUGGUUGUACGCUGGAAUUUAUCAGCUUUUGCCGCCUUUGGACAAUUACCGGCUGCAUACUAGAAAGGAGGAGGAAGAGAAGAAUUUGGUGCCUCUCUCGUCUGUGGUUAAAGGAGUUUUGCUUCAACAACUUGUUCAAGCUACCGUUGCUCAAUUGCUCUUCUUGUUGACGUCAUCGGUAGAUGCAUCUGGGAAAUCAGUUCAGCCUUCUAUUCCUGUCCAAACUCUGCAAAUUCUUCUUGCGAUGUUUGUCAUGGAUACAUGGCAGUAUUUUGUGCAUCGUUAUAUGCAUCAGAACAAGUUCUUGUAUCGUCAUGUCCACUCUCAACAUCACAGGCUAGUUGUUCCUUACGCAAUUGGAGCCCUUUACAAUCACCCACUCGAGGGUCUUCUGCUUGACACCUUUGGUGGAGCCCUCUCUUUCCUUGUUUCUGGGAUGACUGCAAGAACAGCUGUAAUUUUCUUCUGUUUUGCAGUGAUCAAAACUGUGGACGAUCAUUGUGGACUCUGGUUGCCUGGCAAUAUCUUCCAUAUUCUCUUCCAGAACAACACUGCCUAUCAUGACAUCCACCAUCAACUCCAAGGCACAAAAUACAACUAUUCUCAGCCAUUCUUCUCCAUAUGGGACAGACUUCUCGGAACUCACAUGCCUUACAAUCUGGUAAAGAGACCUGAUGGAGGUUUUGAGGCAAGAUUGAAGAAAGACUAGACGUGUUACGACAGCUCUCACUUGACACAGGAGCCUUAUUCAUUUUUUCUUUUUCCAAGUUGAGGUUGUGCCAUUUUUGGUAAGUCGAAUUAUAGAAUUUGAUUGCUCAAAGCUUCAUUUGCAUUCCCGGCUUCUAGGAGUUCAUGAUGAUUGUUCCACAUUCAUAUUUAGCUGGUCAUGAUGAUGAUUUCAUCCGACCAACCGUGUGAAUUAUAGUUGUGUUAUUCUCGGAUGUCCCUUCUGUAGCAUAUUUGUCGAAUCUCAUGGUAAACUAUUAAUUUGCCAGGCAUGUCGUGUUCUUUACACUGAACCGCUUCUGACUUGUAUGUACAUUUGCUGAAUUGGGGUUAGUAGAAGUCUAUAAAGUUAUUACGUUAACGUU